GCCAUUGAGGAGAAUAAAGGUUGUGAGAUUUGGUAUGUAUGGCCCUCUCUCCUGGAUUAUGGAGUGCGGAGUAGGAGGAAAAAAGAGAUGGAUAGUGUCAUAGGAAAAUGUGGAGAGAGGUGCAAGGAGGGAGGUUGAAGGGGUCUGAUGGGUUAAUGAUUCGCAAAGCGAUGAUGUUGAGGAAAAGUGCGGAGUUGCUUGUUUAUUGUUGUCGUCACGAGUCACGCACAUCCUUAUGGGAAGAUGCGUGCGACCCCGUACCCUAUUUUUACGUAUUUUUUACCAGUAAAUAAAAUUUGCAAUAGGAGUACAUUAUAGGGCAUUGCACGGGCACGCUUAAUGUUUUCUCUUCUCCCUACGUCGUUGAUGCAUGGUGCUCGUCGCGCGAAUGAAUCAUCAUGAUGCUUUCUCUCCUUGUCGUUUGGAAGAGUGGAGAGUGGUGGGUGCUGUGGGAUUUGAACACGUGUUCUCUCUCUCUCUCUCUCUCUUGCGAUCUGUUCCUCCGAAGCAGACUGCGACUCCUUGGCGCCGUAAACUUUCCCCGCUUCGCUGCCAACGGACUGGGCACCUUGGCUACCGACCGAUAUGCUAGAGUCGUUGAUCCUCUCUUCUUAUCCUUUUAGCUUGCUGUUCGGAUUUGCUUGCUCUAUAGACGUCCACGUGUCAAAGACGGAAUGAUGGGACCGGCGGUUAUUUGAGAAUAGGUCAGAGUUCGUUGGAGUAGUAAUGGGUCUGUCUGCUGUGAGUGAUGUCAAUCGUUGCCUUGGUCGAAGAGGCGGGAGGGGGAAGGAAAAUCUUUGACAAGCAGCGAAGCAGCGAAGAGUAACCUGCUGUGCUGUCGACCGUUUGAUUGGUGGAAGAUGCGGUAGAGUCGGGGACGGAGGCCAGGAAGGAAGGUUUUGAUAGAAGAAACGUAGUGACGAGUUUCACUGUGAUAUGACAAUCGUUGGCUUCGUCGAAGAGGCGGGAGAGGGAAGUUCUUACGAGAAGAACAGGAGAAGAUGAAUGAGAGGAGGAGGGGGUAAGAAGAGAAGAGGUUGGUGUUUGAUUCUUCCAAUGCUGGGACGGAGUGGCCAGUGGUGUUUUUCUCUUGCCUUCGGUGAGCCUUCGGUGAGGGAGGAGCCGGGGGGAGUAGAGUUCCAGGCUCUGUGAAAAUGUGCGUAAUCCUUCUCGUCGAGAAACGAGGUUGACUUGUGUGUUUUUUCGCGUAAGGUUUCGAUUAUCAGACUCGUUUUUUUUUCGCUUGAGGUUUCGAGUAUCGGAGUCUGGAAAGGGAGGAACGAGAGAGGGGAUUCUCUUUUUGUUCCUGUGCGAACGGAGUGUUGCUCGCUCGCGUGUCUUUUGUAUAUCGCAUGAGGUGGAGUGGAUGGUAGCUUGGGGGGCGUUCGGUCGAGCCAGCCAGGUUCUGCUGCUGUUGUCACGCGUUAGACGAGUAUUGUAGAAAUAACGUUGUCGAUAUGCUGGAUGAUGUCGAUGGAAGCAACAGCAGCAACAGCAGCAACAGUAGCAAUAACGUCAGAAGCGAUACAGCCGCUAGAUUACGUGGAAUGAUCGGGUGCAGCGCAUGAUGGCGAGUGUUUGCUGGAGACGAGAAAUGUACAAAUCAAUGUGGAGGGAGUUCUCUGGCAAUUCGGCGAGAUGCGUCUGUGCGGCACGUGUACAGAUUCCAUCGGCGAGCGAAUGGCAGAACGAUGGUGGAGUGCUACAUAGGGAGGAGAGAGAGGUUUGUGUGUGCAGGGGAGCGUCGUCGUGCUGGGGAGGUGAUAAGUUGGGCGGUAGAUUAAGGGCAGUGGAGAGUGUAAUGGUAUAUAUAGAGCGAAUGCACGGAAUUGCAAUGGGGGUGGCUGCAGGUUUCGAGAGGAGAUUGAGAAGAGAUUUGAAGAGGAGAGGAGAGCGGAGGGGGAGCGUGGGUGGCUGUUGCAGUGUGCGAUGAUUUGUGAGUGGUGCCAGCGACAUCCGUACUCUUUUCUUUCUCUUGUUCUGAAAUGAUGGCGGAGGGCUCUGAACGACGUUUGACUGGCGGAAAGGUGGGUGCGUGACGUAACCACUCCUCUGCUUUAUCUGUGCUCUUUUUGCUCUAUCUCUCUGACCGUAGAGUAGUGCACGUUUUCUCUAGUGUUUUGCUCUUUUCGGUGCAUUUUUGUUGAACAAAGGGGCCACCAAAGGCAGCGGGUGGGUGCGCGUAGGAGGGGAGGGAGGGGUGCAUUUUUGUGAACAAAGAGGCCAUCGAAGGCGUGCGCGCAGGAACGGACAAUGACUUGUGAACGUGCUUGUGUAGGAAACGUGGGAUGGCCUCUCACAGGCGACCGUUGAGUAAGCCUCCCCUGUGCUGUCCGUCGUCCUCACAUCAUGCUCUUAUGCUCCUUUGUCGUAGAAACUGACCUUUUUUCUUUUAUCUCGCUUUUUUUCUGUUCCUCUUGCUUGCCCUUCUGUAACUGAGCCAUAUUGUUUCUUCUAUCCUUGAAUGGAAUUCACUACCCCUCUGCCAUGCCAUUCCUUCGUCCUACCCCCCCGCUCUCCAUUCGUUGAUGCGUGCGUGCCCUUUCUCCAAGGGCAUGCCGCCAUUUGGAACUGUUUUGACCGAAUCUGGACGUGAUUAGGAUCAGGUGCCGCUGCUGAUUAAACGGGCAAUGUCGGUAUGCCCGAAGACUAUAGUAAUUUAUUUAGUUUUCCCUUCCUUCUCUUCGCUCCACCCAAUGUCUCAUUUUUCCUCUUCUUCUGCAUUUCGCACUAAGCUCGGCCUUUGCUUCAUUGGCCCUUCUUGGGCCUUCUCUUUGAUCCUUCCGUCCUUUGCGAAUUCUGCUCUUUCCUUAAUCUUUCCACUCUGUUGUCGGUUUCAUUUGUCCGUUUCAUGUGUCUGUGCUUCGUCGUCGACUUUUUUUUGUCUGUGCUUCGUCGUCGACUUUUCAAGCUUUUUUCACCCUGUUGAAGCACUCCAAAAUUCUCCUCCCCAUCGUCGGAUGGCGGCGAGGGACUCUAAAUGGAAGCCUUUGCCUUAUCGCAACGCGGCUGACACUUCUCUUGUCUUCUUCAUUUGCAAUCUGAUCCGUUCAUUUGCAAUUGAGUGAUGAUUGUGAAUCUAUCUUGUCGUUUUGUAGGUUUCUUGGUGCUGCCGUCUUCCCUCUCGGAGGUGUCCUCCCUAUUGUUUAGUUGCGUUGCGUUGUGCAUCUUAUCGUAUAUAUUUUGUGGGCGCCUGCCUUUCUGGGUAGCACCUGUUCGACCUGGUGUUGUUGCUACGUCUCUGGUACGUUCUUUUACACUUCGGGCUCGUCCGGUCUCCUCUGCUGCAGGUUUUCUGUUUGCCACCAGGCUUGGUUGAAAGGUCCUUCUCUUUGCUGUGAACCAUCGUUGUCGUGUGGUCCCCAUGAUGCAGACGACAGCAAUCUACAAGGAACGACGACGUUUGGAUGCAUGCAGAUAUGCAUGCGGAGGGGACUCCUUGCUCCGGCUUUCUGAGCGUAGUGUACCAGGUUAGAUAGGUGAUGAUUUUUUAUUUGCCUUGUGUUGGGGUAGUCCCUGACAUUAGUAUCUUUUUAUUUUACCAACAAUAAUGUGUGUAUAACACUCGUCGGCCACCUGGUCGGGGUGGUAGGGUAUGAUUGGGAUUGUUGUUACGAUGCUUAUUAAUGGCAGGCGCUUUCCAAAUUUGGCAGGACUCUGCUCUUAUAUGCAUGCAAUAAAGAAGAGGGACGUGA